AUGUAUAACUAUUUUGCAGCUAUUCCUCUUCAUUCGCUUGCUUCAUCUGUUACUGUGUUCAACGGAUUGAACUUCUCGGAGUGGCAUGAACAAGUCCAGUUCCACUUAGGUGUGAUGGAUCUUGACUUGGCUUUGCUGAAAGAAAAACCUGCUGCUAUUACUAAUACGAGCAGUGAGGAUGAGAAGUCUUUCCAUAAAGCAUGGGAACGCUCUAACAGAUUGAGCCUUAUGUUUAUGCGAAUGACUAUUGCCAACAACAUUAAGAGUACUAUUCCACAGACAGAAAGUGCAAGGGAAUACCUGAAGUUUGUGGAAGAACGUUUUCGUUCUGCUGAUAAGUCUCUCGCUGGUACACUAAUGGCUGAACUCACGACCAUGAACAAGACUCCAGACUUUGGGGAUGAAAGUGGAUGA